AUGGCUCCAACAACAGCACUUCACAAUAAGACCAAUUUUCAGAUAAAACAACAGGAAGUUCUGCCUACUACGUCAGGUGGCUACCUGGUGGAUUCCUUUCUGGGCGAAGGCAGGUUUUGGAAAGUGGCCAGCUGCCUUAAACUACAAACCAAUGAGAAGAUGGCGCUGAAGAUUGUACAAACUGAUGCAGGCAUCGCUGGCAAGAGAGAGGUGGCCGUGCUUAAAGGACUCAGGAAGCUCGACAAAGACAAGAACAACUUGGUCAGGUUGACUGAGUACUUCAGGUACAAAGGACACUAUUGUCUGGUAUUUGAAAUGCUGGACACAAGUCUCCACGAUCUGAUGAAAGAGAGGAACUUCAAGCCGCUGUGUGUGUCUGAGAUCAGGGUGAUCUGCCAGCAGAUGCUGAUGGCUCUGAAUGCCCUCAGCAGCAUCGGCCUGGUGCACACAGACAUCAAGCCAGACAAUGUGAUGCUGGUUAACCACAAGCUGCAGCCCUUCAGGGUCAAACUGAUUGACUUUGGUUUGGCUGCUACAGUUUCCAAGAUGUUGCCUGGCACCAUUCAGGCCCUUGGCUACAGGGCCCCUGAGGUCAUCCUGGGCCUCCCAUUGGACGAGGCUGUAGACAUGUGGUCUCUGGGCUGCAUUUUGGCCUUCCUGUACCUGGGCAAGCACCUGUUUCCAACACACUGCGAAUAUGAGGUGAUGAGAGUGAUGGUGCAGAUGCACGGUCAACCCUGCGAUCGCCUGCUGAAUAAUGGGCUCUACACAACAAACUUCUUCAGCAAGAACAAAGAGUUCUCCGCUCCAAAAUGGAGACUGAACACUCAAAGGGAAUACAACCUCAGAACAGGCUCCAUGACCAAAUGCCGCCAUAGCAUUUACAACAAGUUGAACAGUCUGCAUGACGUAGCAAGGUUCCACCCAAUAGGGAAGCAUGCCACUGAGCAUGAAGACACACUGGCCUUUUUAAGCCUCUUCAAACGGAUACUGAAUCUGGAUCAUAAAAAGAGAAUCUCCCCCAGUGACGCUCUGGGGCACAGUUUCAUCACAAUGAGACACCUACCUUGUUACACUCACAACUUCACUUAUGUGACAGCAGCCCGUUCGACCCUCAGAGAAUGUGGACUGUGAAAGAAGUUCUCAGUCCAGUUUAAACGCUUUGUGACGUCCAGCGAAGCGCUAAACCGGGAUGUAGCACCCAUUACUGACUCCAAUGACUCGCUAUCAGCUGAUGAAGAAACAGCUGCUGGCCCCAAUAAGACAGCUUCCCUCGUUUCUGUUACUCAUCAUUCGGAGGGGGUCAACAGCAGCAGCAGCGAUAACGAGACCUACAGUAGCUGUGUUGAAGUCAAAACCCGGAAAAAGUAUUUCAAGAGGGGCUGCCGGUUCUUCACCAGGAUCUUUAAGUCUGUCUGUUGCAGCAGAGUUGAUGUUAGAAAAUAAAGACCCGCCACAUCUGAAUGAAGACAUGUCAUCACCGGCCACCGCUGUCACUGCACAGCAAGAAGGGUGUGAUUUGGAACCUGCCUUACAGCAGAGAGCUGUGGACGUCCUCCCCGAGUCUACGUAAGUUUACUCCGUGACACCCCCACAGCCCAGGCACACACAGAAUAGGUCCACUAGUGCCUACAGA